AUACCUUACACACAAACAGGGAGGGGUGAGGAGCUUUAGGGAGGAUUUACUGUGCAUUAACCCUGCGAGGGAACACAACCUGCUGGAGAACAAAGAGGCAUGCUUAAAAAACACAGGCGGGACGAAGAUGAUGAAGAUGGGCUGCUUCUGAAUGACGCUGCUUCACCCACAGCUGUCCACCGACGGCCGGACGCAGCAGGAUGGGACACGCCACCGCCCCCCACACCUACAGCUACACGCGCCCCCCCCGGGACGACGGCGGCUCCGGCCGGCUGCAGCCUCACGCGCCCCACGACAACCUGAACCACGCGCUGGGCGCCAUCAGGGUCCUCGGCCUGGAGCUGAUAGAAGGAGAGCUGAAACCACACCUGAACACGGUUCUGAGCAGCAUCAAGGAGCGGAAGAAAGGUGCUGCUGAGCAGGUGGUGGUCAGUGGGAUCCUGCCCGUGCUGGCGCUGGCCCUGAGGCACAGAGGGCCCGUCCGGCUGCUGACGGCGGAGCUGGUGGCUGAGCUGGCCAAGGAGUCCGUGGUCCGAAAGGGUUUUGGCGACGCCGGCUUGGUCGUGGCUCUGCUGUCGGUGCUGACGAGUCCGGACCCGGAGCUGCUGCUCCACGCUGCCAGAGCCGUCUCACGCAUGUGCUAUGACAGCGCCAAGCAGCAGGAGCUGCUGCUGCGCCGCGGGGCCGUGCCGCGCCUCGUGGCCGUGCUGCGGCGCUUCCCAGACGACGAGGCGCUGGAGGGAGGGUGUCUGCAGGCGCUGUGCAACCUGAGCGGCCUGGGCGUGGCGGAGGAGGCGGGGCCGGUGUGGGAGCGGGCGGCCUCCGUGAGGGCGGGGGAGUGGCUGUUCCACGGCGUCUCGCCCCACGCCUGUGGCUUCGCCUCCGUGACUGUGGUGCGCGUGUGGCAGUGGGCGCCGGGCCAGUGCUCGGUCCACAUCCAGGUCUUCCAGCGCUGCUCCCCUGUGUUCUGGAGGCUCCACGGGGGCGGGCGGAGUCCUCGCUGGUUCCCCUUCUCCACCCUGGAGAGCUGCUCCAACCUCUACAAGGUGAUCAAGUUCUCCACCAAGAAGGUUCCUCGCACCAAAAGUCUGAAGACCCGCAUGUUCCACACUCUGCUCUGAUGCUGCCACGCGGUUCUGCUGCGACCCGGACACACGCACACAAUAACUGCAUUAGGACUUGGUCGCUGAACUUCUCAUCACCGCCUCCGUCCUGACUUUAUCGCGGCCAACAGACGAACGCAACCAAAGCGAGGUCGGAGAUCGGAGCGAAACCAUAGCAGCGAAAGGAAACGGGCCGAGCGGAAGUGCUGUCGUUAAUGAGUUAAUGCACGUCGUUAAUGAGGCUCUUCAGGGUCCGAUUCCUGGGUUCUGAUUCCUGGGUUCUGAUUCCUGGGUUCUGAUUCCUGGGUUCUGAUCAGGACCAUAACGUGCUCAUGUCCCCACCGCCACGUCGGAGGCCCAGUACCGGCACGUCUUCUGCCCAGAACCUCUUGGCUGGUUGUUUACAGGGACCAGGACACGUGGUCGGGCCUUCAGACCCGUCAGCACCUUUCUCCUCGUCCUCCGCGCUCACACCUGCGGCUGCAGCACCGAGCUGUCCGGGUUAUGACAAGCAGAUGUUAAAGUCAACAGCGAGCAGCGAAGCGCCCGCCCGCCGCGUCGCAGACAGCUUAUUUUUACCCAGAGAUGUCAGGGAGCUGAAUGGUCGGUUCAAACGCCAGCGCCUUCGCUGCUAUUUCUGUGCAGACUUCACAGGCGAACGCGGCACAGAUGCAGCUCACUCCUGCUGCUGUGAGCGACAGAAUAAGGCUAGAAAACAGGCAACAACAGACAUCAGGCUGCGCUUCAGGCGCGUGUUGGGUACGAGCAUGUAAAUGUGUGUCUGGAGGGGGAGGGGGGGGGGGGGGUGAGGCCAUCUGUCCUGCCCUGUUACCUCCAUCACAGGCCCCACAGACGGGGAGCCUCAUCCAUGGAAAGUGGACGGCUAAUAUUGGUUUUUGAUGGAUCCUCCAUCUUGACAUCAUCAGCGGGGGAAAGUGGGAACACGGCGACGGGACAGAGGGAGGGAGGACGGCGGCGCACGCGGUGACGCGGCAGAUGGUUGAUUGAGAUCAUCACCGGAGGAGGAAACUCCAGGAAGCCAAUUAGGGGAGGAGACGAUGACGCGCGCUCGCUCCCAGGACCAAUCAGGGCUCUGAAGCGCUGAUUGAGCGUUUGACAGCAGAGACACAGACGCUGCAGACAAACCUCUACAACCACAACCAGGCUGCAGGAUUAAUGAACAAUUUGAGGAGCUGAUUAGAGCCGAGGCCUCUGGGACGUUCCUUUAAUCAAGGCGAACGUGACAACAGCGCACUCAGCUGAUGCUGGUGCGCGUGGUGAAGAUGAUGAUGAUGACGAGUCCUGACUGGUGUUUUUGCGAGCAUCCGUCUGGAAAAACGAACCGAGCCGAGGAUUCUGGAGGUCUGUGGUCCAAAGGGACGGUGCUGAUGCUCACACCUGCCUCCAGCUCCAACAGAACGAGAAACGCAGCAAAGUUGUAAAACGCCCGACCAACUAGCUUCACCGUGGAGAGAGCGGGAAGCUACUGUAAAUGCUACUGCUGCUCCUCGCAGUGAACGGAUCAGUGACCUCUGAGGAAGCAGAACCCUCGGACCCUGGACCCACUGAGCCUCAGCACACGCAACUGGACAAUCAGAAUGAGCCGAAAGCGCCGCGACAUGGAGGCAUUCAGUCAAAUACACGCGCGACCUAACAAUGUCUUUACAUCAGAACCGCACACACACAGAACGAGCACGACGGGCCGAAGCCAAACGCAAAAUAAAAAGAGGAAACCUCAAAUUCCUCUCACCUUUGCUGUUUUAAUGACCAGGCGGUUGCCUGCUUCCUGUUAGUCCUACUUCCUGUCCGUCCUUUAAACCGGACCCUCAGCUUCAAAAUGAAACUGGACUAAAACCUUUCUAAUUUGCUUUACUUUGCCAGAAUCACUGCGGUUAAAGUAAUGCUUAUAAUUAUUGAGUUUAAAGCUUCACCUGCGUCACCUCUUUCCCAGAAGAUACUCAUUUUAUUCUGGAGAUGCAGGUUUGGGCUCUUAGCAUUAGCAGCGAACGUGAAGCGUUUAAUAAAACAACCUCAUCAAUAAAACGUCCUCUCGGCUGAAACGAGGCUGAGGCAGCGACACUCACAGGCCUAAUUAAGAUACUGGGCUGAUUGGGCUCUUCAUUACAUGUGCUUUCACACCGCUGAUAGCGCUGAAGGACGCCUCGUGGACACGGGCCUAAUGGAGCCUAAUGCGGCACACGUUGCACCUCUCAUGCCCGCGGGUCCGGGUCCUUCGGCCCCGCGCUGCCAGGCGUCCCUCCCUCCGCUCCUCCUCCUCCUCCUCCUCCUCCUCUCGUCUGAUCUGUCAGCCGGUGUCUCCCAGCCUUCACUCUGUGACAGACGGUCUAUGUCGGCGUCGUCAGUCACUCGCUGCCUCUCCGGCGCCGCCGUCUCCACCCGGCAGGGACUCCCCCUGAAACACAGCCGUCGCGCCGCGGAUGAAGAGGCCCCGCGUCUCCUGAGACGGAGCACGUGACCAGAAUAUUCCUCUUGAUUCUCCUGGUGGGGGCAUUAGCAUCGCUAUCAGUGGGCGCAAAGGGAAUUUUAAUAGUGAGGAUGAGGCUUGACCUUGAAGCUUUAAUAGGUGGAACGCACACAUUUAAACAGCGUCGGGACUCAGACGCAGCGGAGGUGAACACACGUCCUGUUGUAGCAUUUUAUUUGUUUCAUGUCCUGGUUUCUCAUCACAGCGACGGGAAACCAGGCCAGCUCCCGUUUCCAUCCGUCUCCCUCCUUAUUUCCUUUGAUCCUAAUGAUAUUAGCACUUUGAAAUUCAAGCUAUGGCAUAUUUUAAUACCAAACGAAGACAAGUCCUAUAGGGAGAGUGUGAUGACAGCAGUGACGUGACGACACGCGCAGCGAGAAGAAUUUCUUUUUGCUUUGUUGAAAUUGAGAUUUCUCUUCAAGCGUGACUUUUUGAAUAAAGGGAUCAGUGAU